AUGCGUUCCUGGUGAGUGGUGACCCGGUCGGUCGGUCUCCCCUUGCUUGUCGUUGCCUCCUUGGGCCACACCUCUCCUCUCCCUCUCCUCUCCCUCUCCUCGUCGCCCUUCCACCAAAGCGAGAGGCGACGUACACCUGCGCCGAUCAACCGAGUCCUCUCCCUCCGCGGCGGUGUUUUGUGAAAUGGAGCUCCCAGUUACUGAACCUGGGCCGGUGAGGUCUGAAGGAUUGCUCCUGCAGUGUCCCUAUUGUGAUUCAGAGGCAAUGCACAAGCUUGCGCAGCUGUUGCUCCCGGGCUUGGCCGCGGUAUCCAUCGACUGCACGACGGGCGAUCUCUUCAGGAAGCCAUCGGUGGUGGCCGUCGACAUGAGGAAGGAGAUGGUGGACUACGUGACGCAGAGGAGCGAGACGUUCAUAUCCGAUUCGCUCAUCGAAUCGGAGGCGAGCCAGGAUGAGGAGAAGGAGAUGCCGGAGGACCCGUUCGAGGUCGUGUCCAUCUUCAUGGACGAUUUCAGCAGCACCAAGAGGAACAUCAUCGGCCAUGUCUCUGGGUGGCUGAUGAGCGACAACCGCGAGGACAAGAUCGAUGACUUCGUCCAAGAAAUGGAGAUGACCCGAUUCUGGCCGCUGGAAAGGAGAGAGGCCAUUGCUGAGGUCCUCCUCAAGAAUGUAGACCUGAAAACCAAGUACCACUGCCCUGAGAAGUAUGAGAAUGAGCAGCGUCUCGCUGAUCAUAAGGCCCAAUGUAGCUUCAGACCUGUUACUUGCCCCAAUGACGGAUGCCGAGCCAAAGUUUCAGUUCGCUGCAUGACAGACCAUGAUUCUGCUUGCCUCUUCAAGAUCCUUACAUGUGAGCAGAGCUGCGAGAAGCGGCUCAUGAGACGCGAUAUGGAUAGGCACUGCGUGACCGUGUGCCCCAUGAGGCCCAUGAAGUGCCCCUUUGGCUGUGAUUCCUCCUUCCCUGAGCGUAAUCUUGAGCAGCACUGUUCUGAGUUUCUUCAGCCACACCUCCUUAAAGUCCUCAAGGCUAUUCAUAAGAAAGGUUUUACAGAUGAGGGGUUCAAGGACCAUGCUCUACUGCUGGAAAAGCAAGACAUCGAUGGUAAACUGGGUAAAUCUCGAGAAGUAAGAUCUCUUACUAAUGUUGUAAAGAACCUUGAAGCCAAAAUGAAAAAUGGUGGUUCGAGUUAGAGUGCAUGGCGUCUCCACAGCAAAUGCAAGUUUUUUUUUUGGAGGUAGCAAAAUGUAACAUAUGGAUAUUGAAUGGUACUCUCUCCGUCCCAAAUUAUAGGACGCCAACUUUUUAAGUAAAAAUCAAACUCAGUACUAACCAUAUAUAUCUUAAGUAUUAUGUAUGUUAUAUCACUAGAUUCAUACUUUAAAGUACUUUCAUGUGAUGCUAA